CCAACAUGUGUUUUGAAAAAACUGGCCCAAAAGCCCACUACAAAAAGCCCAAAAACCCGAAGAUCCAAACACUAUCAUCACUAAUUUACUAUCGUUUUCUCCUAUGGUUUCCAAUGCAAGAUAAACCCUAAUCCUCAUCAGCUUUGGAUUCACCGGUCAAUUCAACCUCUAUAAUGGGGCGCAGUGACUCUAGAUCACCUGCCAGGGGUCGUGGAUCUCCUCGUAGGAGGAGCCCUUCACACAGGGAAAGGUCACCAGCUCGGAAAAGGAGUUCACAUGCUGCAAGUUCAGCUGUAGCAGAGAAGCCUGUAAGCCGUGCAAGGUCAAGAUCUCCUGUUCCGCUUUCACCUGCUCGAGAGAGGCCUUCUAGUCGCAAUAAGUCCCCAAAGCGUAGAAAAUCAAUCUCCCCAAUCAGAGAGAAACCCUCAAGUCGCACGAAGUCUCCCAAACAAGCUAAGUCAAGGUCUCCAGAUUCGAAGUUGUUACAGGGAGAGAGGUCUUCAGGCCGAGCCAGGUCUCCUAGACGUGCCAAGUUGCCGUCUCCUGAACCUCUCUCACCCUCACCGCGAACAAAAAGACUAAGGAGAGCAGAGCGAGAGACUGAAGAAAAGCCGAGGGAGCGGGAGCCUGAGAAAAAUCAUGUGAGAGCUAGUGAUAGGGCUACACAUAGGGAAAAGGAUUCUGACAGAAAGUUGUCUGAAUCUCGCUCACCCUCUCCACGAACAAAAAGACUAAGGAGAGCAGAACGGGAGGCUGAAGAAAAACCGAGGGAGCGGGAGCCUGAGAAAAAUCACGGGAGAGUUAGUGGUAGGGCUACAUAUAGGGAAAAGGAUUCUGACAAAAUGGUGCCUGAAUCUCGCUCACCCUCACCACGAACAAAAAGACUAAGGAGAGCAGAACGAGAGACUGAAGAAAAGUUGAGGGAGCGGGAGCCUGAGAAAAAUCAUGGAAGAUUUAGCGAUAGGACUACACAUAGGGAAAAGGAUUCUGACAGAAUGAUGCACGGUGAAAAGAGAGAGAAAAAAUCAGGAAAGGACGCAAUAGAUAAUGGAUCUCAUAAGUCAAGAAAUGGCCGAUCGGCUUCACCUUCAGAACGUCAGCAUAGGAGUCGGCACAGAUCGAGAUCACCUGCAGCAGGGGAUAGUAGAGCACAUGCUGAGGGGACAAGUUCAAGGAGAGGUGAACACAGGAAUGGUGAAGAUGACUCCUUAUCUAAAAUGGAGGAAGCUGAGAAGGCCUUGGAAGCUAAAAAUAAAGAUAAGCCUUCAUUUGAGCUCUCUGGAAAGCUUGCAGAAGAAACUAAUCGAGUAAGAGGUAUAACACUUCUCUUCAAUGAGCCACCAGAUGCUAGAAAACCCGACAUAAGAUGGCGCUUGUAUGUCUUUAAGGGUGGUGAAGUCCUUAAUGAGCCUCUGUAUGUUCACCGCCAAAGUUGUUAUCUUUUUGGGAGAGAAAGGAGGGUUGCAGACAUUCCUACGGAUCACCCAUCUUGCAGCAAGCAACAUGCCGUCCUCCAGUACAGGCAAGUUGAGAAGGACAAUCCUGAUGGCACUUCAUCGAAGCAAGUAAGGCCAUAUGUAAUGGAUCUUGGGAGCACUAAUGGUACUUUCAUUAAUGAAACUCGUAUUGAGCCAGAGAGAUACUAUGAGCUAUUUGAAAAGGAUACUCUUAAGUUUGGUAAUAGUAGCCGAGAGUAUGUGCUACUUCACGAGAACUCAGCAUGAUGAAAGUCGCUUAAAUGCUCCACAGACGUGUCAUUUGCAUCGAUUUGGCUAUAGGAUGUUGGACGCUUUUAUUCAGACUAUGAGAUAUUUGGUAUGCCGAGUUUACCAGCAUGAUAGCCAUUGCAAGUGCUCAGCUGAAAUCGUGUAAUGUGCUUGAGAUUUGGCCAUUGCUUGCAAAGUUUUUUUUAAUGCUAAUGCAAAUUUUGGUUUAUAUGGCUCUACCAUUCUGUAUGGUUGCUCCAGUUUGUUUAUAAGCUCUUAGUUCCCCCAUAAAUGGGAUUAUGUAAUUGUUGAUUAGGUUGUUACUUGUGAAUGUGCACUCACAUUUCCUUUAAUUAGUGAAUGUUUCUCUUUUUCCA